AUCCGCGGCCCGCCCAGGUGGGCGCUUGUGCUGCAACCUGAUCUCCGCCGGUUCACUGUCUCCCAGCGGGAGCUCGUUGCAGGCGGUGAGGGCCCGCCUCCCAGCCGGGCAGGAGGCGUGGGCAUGGAGCUGGCCGCCGUCGCCAAGCUCCGGGCCCGCGCCGCUGCCUAGGGCGACCCGAGGGACGCUGCGUAGGGCGCGGCUCCGGGGACCCGUGCGGCCUAUCACGGCCCGGCGCUGCGCGGAUGGCCCUGCUCCUGCGUCCCGUGCUCGCCGUGCUUCUUCUCCUCCUGACCGCCGCUUUCAGGUGCCAGGAGCAGGCCCAGACCACCGACUGGAGAGCCUCCCUGAAGACCAUCCGGAACGGCGUUCACAAGAUAGACACGUACCUGAACGCCGCCUUGGACCUCCUGGGAGGCGAGGACGGGCUCUGCCAGUAUAAGUGCAAUGACGGAUCUAAGCCUUUUCCACGUUAUGGAUAUAAACCCUCCCCGCCGAAUGGAUGUGGCUCCCCACUGUUUGGUGUUCAUCUUAACAUUGGCAUCCCUUCCUUGACAAAGUGCUGCAACCAACACGACAGGUGCUAUGAGACCUGCGGCAAAAGCAAAAACGACUGUGAUGAGGAGUUUCAGUAUUGCCUCUCCAAGAUUUGCCGAGAUGUGCAGAAAACACUAGGGCUAGCUCAGCACGUGCAGGCAUGUGAAACCACCGUGGAGCUCUUGUUUGACAGUGUUAUACAUUUAGGCUGUAAGCCGUACCUGGACAGCCAACGAGCCGCAUGUUGGUGUCGCUACGAAGAAAAAACUGAUCUUUAAAGAAGAUGCUGACAGGUGGUGACAGCAGAUGAGGACAGAAGAACAUAACCUUUGACAAAGAGCUAAUGUUUUCACAGCAUAAAGCUGCCUUAUUUUUGUGAAAGGAUUAUUUUAAGACCUUAUUUUGACAUUAAAACUUCAAACUAAAGAAACAAAUGCAGGUUAUCUUCCUGGAUGUUGCUGCCUUAGUGUGCCAUAUUGUCUUGACAAUCACAGAAAGAGGUGCAUGUUAAGGGAGAAUUUCUUAAAAGAAAGAGUCUAACUCAAUUUUCACAACUAUAUUUAUCAAAAAAUAAGGUCAAAUGUAAAAUUCAUUAUAAGGUAUGUUCAACAGUAUCUUAUUUGGAAAUACGGGGAAAUCUUCACUUAAAAGUAUGUUUGUUUACUGUAAAAUUUAAAAUAUACAUUUAUGCCGAGAAA